GAAUCCAAGGCCCGCCCAGAUUCGGGCCCCCUGCCCUUCUCCCCUGGGCCGGGGGCGCCGGGUACCGUGAGGCGCCGGCGGGACUGCGGCCGCCGCAGGCCAGGCGGGUAGGCGCGUUUCCCUGCGCCGGGCGACGGGAGCCUGAGGCCGUGGAGCCCUGCGCGCGGGGCGGCGUUGGUGGAUCGCGGAGGAGGGCCUGGGUGAGGGUGGCUAAACCUUGGAAAUGGCAGACAAGGACCCUCCCCAGAGGGCGGCCUCCGUCCAAGCCCUGACCAAGGUGAAGCCCCCACCAUUCCUGCUCGGGGCUGCGGUCAUGCUCUUCCAAGGCCAGACGCCCACCCCAGAUAGACAGCCUGUAUGACUUCUUUCUGGAGAGAAGGGCUAGGCGGCCAAGCAGCCAUGCCUACCUUGGGGGCAGGCUUCCCGUCCCCGGACCGCUUUGCCGUUUCUGCGAAGGCGGAGGACAAGGUGUGGGCGCAGCAAAGCCAUGUGGAGCACAUAUUCAGAGUGGGGAUGAGUGUCCUCCCGAAGGACUGUCCCGAGAACCCUCACAUCUGGCUGCAGCUGGAGGGCCCUAAGGAGAACGCCCGCAGAGCCAAGGAGUACCUGAAGGGUCUGUGCAGCCCAGAGCUGCAGGAUGAAAUCCACUACCCAGCCAAACUGCACUGCAUCUUCCUGGGAGCCCAGGGCUUCUUCCUUGAUUGCCUGGCCUGGAGCACAUCAGCCCACCUGGUGCCUGGGGCGCCCGGCUCGCUGAUGGUCAGUGGCCUGACUGAGGCCUUCGUCAUGGCUCAGAGCAGAGUGGAGGAGCUGGUGGAGCGGCUGAGCUGGGACUUACGACCAAGGCCAUCCCCUGCAGCCUUCCAGUAUGCUAGAGUGCGGAGGGACUUCUCUGCCUUGCUGCAGCCCCGGGGCGAUGCCCACACAGAAGCCCUCCUGCAGCUGCCCCUGGCUGUUCAGGAGGAGCUGCUGAACCUGGUGCAGGAGGUGCUCAGGGAGCAGGGGUUCCAUGCACUCCCUUCCUGGGAGUCGGGGAGCCCAAGCCCACUGGGUACUGGGCACCAGAGAGUCGGAGAUUACGUGAAUGAAGAAGACUGGGAGUUCCUGGAUGCCAGACCUGUGGAGCAGCAAGAGUCAAGGGGAGAGAGACAUGCUAUGGAGAAGGAGGGAGGGCAGCAGGGUGGCCUGAGAGAGAUGGAUUUGGGGUGGAAAAUGCUGCCUGGGGAAGAGGCCUGGGAGAGGGAAGUGGCCUUCAGGUCACAGUCAGGGGGCAGAGAGGCAAGACAGGUAGGGUCCCUGAAAGGGAAGGCCCUGGGGAAAGAGGAGGUGCUUCAGGAAGGAGGAAGGUUCUGUGUCCAGGGUGAGCCUCCUGGUGCGAUUGGCCCCUGUGAGAAGGCAGCUCAGUUCCCGGGAGCCUCCCUCCUCCAGCGGCUCCACAAUGGGAAAGUUUCACCUCUGAGAGUGCCUAGUCCCCCUCCUGCGCCCGGACCCCUGGGGCACUGUGGAGAGGGAGGAGACAGAGGACACAAGCAGCAGGUUGUGGCUAGAGGUCGGGGGUCUCCGAGGAAACGAGGCAUCCGGGGAGGCAACUUGGUGACUGGCACACAGCGUUUCCAGGAAGCCCUACAGGACCCUUUCACCCUGUGCCUUGCCAAUGUGCCUGGCCAGCCAGACCUGCGUCAUAUUGUCAUCGAUGGCAGCAAUGUGGCCAUGGAGCACGGCCUCCAGCACUGCUUCUCCAGCCGGGGCAUCGCCAUCGCUGUGCAGUACUUCUGGGACCGUGGCCACCGCGACAUAACCGUCUUUCUUCCUCAGUGGCGCUUCAGUAAAGAUUCCAAGGUCAGAGAGGGUCACUUCCUGCAAAAGCUGUACUCCCUCAGCCUGCUCUCCCUCACUCCCUCCCGAGUCAUGGAUGGCAGGAGGAUCUCUUCCUAUGAUGACAGGUUCAUGGUGAGGCUGGCUGAAGAGACUGAUGGGAUCAUUGUCUCCAAUGACCAGUUCCGGGACCUGGCAGAGGAGUCUGAGAAGUGGACGGUGAUCAUCAGAGAGCGUCUCCUGCCUUUCACCUUUGUGGGGAACCUCUUCAUGGUUCCUGAUGACCCGCUGGGACGAAAUGGCCCCACACUGGAUGAGUUCCUGAAGAAGCUGGUCAGGACACAGGGGUGUCCUAAGGCUCAGUAUCCAUCACGCGGCUUUGCAGAACACAGUUCUCAGGAGCAGGGGAGAGAAGACGAGGAAAAAGGCAGUGGUGGUAUUCGGAAGACCCAGGAGACUGAGCAGCUGAGGCGCCAGCUGCUGGAGGUGUUUUGGGGCCAGGAUCACAGGGUGGACUUCAUCUUGCAGCGGGAGCCGUACUGCCGGGACAUCAACCAGCUCUCUGAGGCCCUGCUCAGUCUCAACUUUUGAACCUCAUCUGCAGAGUGGCUGCCACCCUGUCACUUUAGCCUCUUGCACUUCAGCUCCUUCUGUGAGGGUCUCUGUGCUGCUUAGACCCUGAUCCAGAUUUGCUCUGAGUUGGUGCGACUCGAUCUUAUCCUGAAUCAGGACCUCAAACAGCUUUCAAGAGGUUCUGCUCAGCCUUGACUUCUCAACCUUGCCAUAGCACAGGGUUUCUGUAGGGAGUGGGGGCUGCUGCAAAGGGUAGGUCCUGGAGAUUGGGACCACUGACUCCUCUAAGCUGAGCUGGGGAUGGAAGCUAGGGUGGGUGGGAGGGGAAUGAAGAACAGGUAACAGGGCAGCUAAGCUUUUAUUUCCCUGGCAGUUGCCCUGGAUGGCUGGAGGAGAGGAUGUUUCCCAGACCUGGAUGAGCUCCCAGGUGCACUGAAGGGCAGUGCUGGGCCAUGGAAGCCUAUGGUUGCAGGGUCUGGGUCACAGUGGGCCGGUAGGGAGCUUGAUCUUGAUCGAGCUGCUUGGCCUUACUUCUGCCUGUAAAUCGGGUAAAAAUGCCUGUUGGGAGAAGAAAUGAGAGCACAAAAGAAAAUUCCUUGCAGGAAAGGUACUUGGACCAAGUCUCAGGUGUGUCUGUGGCUGCACAGUCUUCCUAACCAAAACCUCACAUUCAGGAGCUGGGGGUUCUGAACCUUUGCUGGAGGCCCUAAAAUCCUCAUCAUAAUGUGUCUUAUAAUAUCUGUGUCCCUUUGGGGCAACUCCCCAAAUCCACAUUUACAAAAGUUAAUUGGGGUGACUAUUUGCCAGAAUACUCUCAGGGUUCCUAUAAAUGGCAGCUCUCCGGCUGCAUUCAAGUGUUUGUUUACAGAUGAAUGGGUGUGUCAGAAAGCCCCUGGUUUGAUGCCCUGGCUGGUGUUGAGCACCAAACCGAAGAAGCCUUGCUCUGCAAUGACAGUGUUAAUGUGAUCUGACCCUAGCAUUUUCUCUAAAGAACAUAUGUGUUGUAUAAAGCGAGGUUCACUUUU